CUGUUUCUUGAUCCGAGGAUUUUUAUAGAGAUCCUAUAUCUCAGUGAAUGUUUAAAAUGGAAUAGACUUUACAGACAUCUCAACAGCUUAUUUCACGUAUGAAUUUAUAUUCAUCCACCAGAUACAAAACAUAUUGUAUAUUGUUGUUUUGAAUUUUUCAGUCAACCUACUAAAAUUUUAAGGUUCAGUAUCGUUACUGGUAACAAUAAGAGUGACGGUCCCUGUAAAGAUGCCGUAAAAUCACAUAUAAAUCAAUAUCUAGCAUAUAAUGCUCUUACAUAUGUACAUAGUAAUAAAUAAUACCUAAGAAUUGUAAAUAAUUGUUGCAAAUAUAAAUGAUUGAUUAUUACAUAAACCUAUCUUUACUUGCUAAUUAAUCCGCAUUUAGAUAAGGCAUAGAAGUACAGAUAGACACAUAAUAAUGUGAUCUAAUAGCUCCAGAGGCCGGUGAAGCGUCUGUCGAGACAUACGGUGAUGGCGCUGACUUGUGCACUGUCACUAGCUGACUCGCGACCACACAAUCCGCCGUUUUAUGUACAUUUAUUUAUUUUAUUUGUACCUCACACGUAGUAUUUAAAUGGCGUUGGGCAUGAAUAGUUGAAUAGUAAUGACUGCAGUGCUAGUGAGCGGCUAGAGGACGACAGUGGACUCCAGAGCCCGAUGAGAACGUUAAAAAACAAUAAUGCUAAGUGUUCACAAAAUAACGUCCAUACAGCCGUAAAAAAUAAAAACAGUUUUUAGUCAAAUUAAAUAGUUUUCAAUUGUGAAGUGAAGUGGACAUAAACAGUGCGAUGGGGGACUUCAGAAUAAAAGGAGCAUUUAAGAUGUAUGUGGUGUUACUGUGCGCGAUGGUGGGCGCGCGCGGCACGGGGCCGGGCCGCUGCCCCAAGUACCCGCCGCUGCCAGACUUCGAUAUUAGAAGGAUGGCGGGCACGUGGUUCGAGGUGGAGCGCUCGUUCUACCUGAUGGAGAUCAGCACGAGCUGCACGCAGCUGGAGGUGGCCGUCACGGCGCGCGGCUUCCUCUCGCUCACCAUCACCACCGUCAAUAGAUGGAUCGGCAGUCCAUCGACGACAUACGGCAUCGGCAUCCCGAGCUACGCGGGCUCGCCGUCAUUCCGCUACAAACUCAACAACCGCAUGCCGUAUGUCCUCGGAAGAAUGCUGCCGGGCGCCGGGCAGUACUCUGUGCUGUUCACAGACUACGAGCAGUACGCCAUCGUGUGGUCCUGCACUAGUGUGAGCAUCGCGCACUCGGACCGCAUCUGGGUGAUAGCGCGGCGGCGCGAGAUCGCGGCGGGGCUGCGCGCGCAGAUCUACGGCGUGAUGGAGCAGCUGCGGCUCGACCCCGACCGGCUCAUUCUGGCCAACAACCACAACUGCACGCACGCUGAAAUAAAUACAUAGUUCCUCUUUGUUGUUAAC